AUGUGUGCCGCUUCCGUGCGAGUAGAUACGAUGGAGGAGCUGCAGGAUUGGGAGUACGUCAAGCGGGGUAUCACCAUGUGGCUUAACAACAUGCCCAAAGCAGCCGAGGAUAGCUUUAAGGAUCGGCCGUCCAGUGUGCACAUCGUAGCAGGACACACGUUCAUCUCGUUUAUGAACGCCGUAAUAUCGUGGGAAACGGAAAAGAUGAAUGACGCCCAGACACGCCUACGAGAGCUUGAGAAACAGUGUGCUGGCGAUGUCGGUUGGUUAAAAUCGGUCCGCUCGAAGCUGUUCGGGUCUAGCGAGCCACGGAAAUCACUCACCGAAACGCUCGAGGAGCAAAUCAUAUUGGCCGACAGUCAGCUCUGCUUAGCGAUACUGGUGUCGCUGGGUCAGGAUAUAGGCGGUUUCGUUAAGGGCGGAUGGUUGCUGCGGAAGGCUUGGAAGGUGUACCAGCAUACGUAUCAACAGAUUUAUCAACUGUAUUCCGACACGCUAGACAUUGAUGGGGAUAUGUCCCUGCCACAGGCUCCAUUGCGCCAUCAGCCACCACCAACAACGGAUAGCGGUUCGGGGAUGCGAGUAUCGCUCGAUCUGGGAACUCCCUCGUCUACGGAUUGGACAGUGCCGAACUCCACUCUUCAGUCGCCGGAUGAUUGCAAGUGGUCAUCACAGCUGGAAGCGCUGCGUAAAUCGAAAACGACAACCUUUGAGCCUUUCAGCGAAAUGACCUCGUGUGAAUCGGACCCAAGUGGAAGUAGUGGCAGUGUGAAGAAGAGCUAUACGACGGAUUUCGUGGGAAUUGUUAGUCCAUCGGGUGCAGGAUCGAGUACCGAGUCACUGGAACACAGUGGACCGUUGGGAAUGGAGCGCAGUAAUACUGCUGCUCGAGAGCGGUUAACGUUAGACCUUAAUCUGGGCAGGGAACGGCGAAUAAAUGUACCGAAUGGAAUGACCCCAAGGGCAACCACAAGCUGGCGGUCUUUAACAGCGCCCUGUGAGCCGGGUCCUAACGAUAGAGCCAUACACCCAGCAGACGUCCACCGGUUAAUGGGCGCCAUCAGCUUCGGGUACGGUGUGUUUCAACUGAGCAUAUCGCUGUUACCGCCAAGUUUGCUCAAGUUGAUCAGCUUUCUCGGCUUCGAAGGGGACCGAGCGAUGGGAAUUGCGUGUUUGAGCUUUUCCCGCCAAAGCAACGAUAUGCGGGCACCGUUGGCUACGCUGGCCCUGCUCUGGUACUACACCAUCGUAACGCCGUUUUUCGCACUGGAUGGGUCGAAUCUGAGCCACGAAAUUGCUGCCGCCCAGGAGCUGAUCGAGGAAGCGAACGGUCAAUUUGCCAAAUCGUCGCUUUUCCUAUUCUUUCGAGGCCGUGUCGAGCGUUUAAAGUCCAACAUUCAGGAUGCAAUACGUGCCUACGAGCUGGCGUACCGUUCAUCGGCACAGCGGGAGAUUAAAUUGCUGUGUCUUCACGAAAUCGGAUGGUGCCGGCUGAUACAGCUAGACUUUGGUACGGCGAUGAAAAACUUCCACGAGCUAAAACUGUGCAGUCAGUUUUCCAAGAGCUUCUACUCGUAUCUAACAGCAAUAUGCGAAGGAUCGUUCGGGCAAUUUUCCAACCUCGUCAAAUGGCGAACGGAAAUAUUGGAAUUGAUUAAUAGAUCGCCACAGAAGGACUCACAAAUCGAAAGGUACAUAUUUCGACGCAGCUUGAAGCUACCGCGAGCGGAAAGUGGCGAACAGCCGAAGUACAGAAGUUCGCUCUACUGGAAGUAUCUCGUGUUCGAGAUGCUGUUUCUGUGGAACACACUGAGCAGCUGCAGUGAGGAGCAGUUGGAAAGCAUGGUGGCCGACUGUUCACAGCCGACGGACGCAUUCAGCGAACCGAUGGUUGGAAUCUCGCGGUUAAUUUUGGGCGCCUGUCUGAGUUGUCUGGCCCGGUACGAUGAGGCGAUUCGUGCGUUCCGCGAGUGCAUCUCCAUGCGGGAAAGGUUCGACCACCAGGAGCAACAGGAUACGCACAUUUCAGCCUUUGCCUAUUACGAACUGGCUGUGCUUUUGCUUCGCCAGCAGAACGAUGGUGCCGGCGAGGCACAUCGAUUGCUGCUGCAUGCGCAGCAAAACUUUAAGAAUUACGACUUCGAUAAUCGCGUCAGCGUGCGCAUUCACACCUUGCUGAAGCGGUUGGAUUAG